CCCACGGGGACAGAAACACCGAAAUAAACGGCACGGAUUAACGGAUGAGAUUGACAGCCGAAACGCGCGGUUGGGAGAAUUUGUAACAUUGAACAUAUUUGACGCAGCGCUGUUAUAAACAAACCCCGGUUGAUUUUGCAGACAGAGACACGGAGGUAUUCUCUACCCCCUCCCUUUGACUCGUUACUAUUCCUGCAACAUUACCUCAACUUUCCUGUCGGGUUUAUUUGGGAUACUACUACCUGAACCGUUUUGGAUUUAAGAACCUCCUAAUUAGGCUACUGUCCUCCGCUGUGUUCCCGCUCCUGGGUUUGGACUAACGUUUUGGAUUAUUUACUAUUUCUGCUGCUGUGGUGAACACUUGUAACCUUCAAGGAUCUCUCAAGAGUGAUUUUGAAGGCUACCAAACCAGUCCACUGCAGUGAUAAUGUCCCUACGGUCGAGCCUCCUUGCUCCGGCCUCAGCUCUGGGUCUGUGUCGCUGUCUGCUGGCUGUCCUGGUUGUCCUGGGACUGUCCAGCCGGGCAGAGGGCCAGCCAUGCCCGGCGCAGUGCUCCUGUUCCGGCUCUACUGUGGACUGUCACGGCCAGGGUCUCCGCAGCGUUCCCAGGAAUAUACCACGCAAUGCAGAGAGACUGGAUCUGAACGCUAAUAAUCUGACUAAAAUCACCAAGGCCGACUUCGCUGGACUGAGGAAUCUGCGUGUGCUUCAGUUGAUGGAGAAUAAGAUCAAUCUGAUAGAGAGAGGAGCCUUCCAGGACCUGAAGGAGCUCGAGAGACUCCAGAACUGAGGAAACCAGAUCCAGACUCUUAAAGAAUGUCCAUCACACCCUCAACCACACUCAGACAGACAGGUUCGACAGGUUAGACAGACAGACUGUCUCUCUCUCUCUGACCUGUAACUAACA